AUGAUAUUUGCUAUUUUAUUAAUAGUAAAUUAGAUUACAUCAUCUGUUGCUUAUACGUAUAUUGGAGAAACACCUUGUUCAGGUUUGGCAAUUGGGAGUUGUACUUCAAGUGGAAUUUCAGGAAUUGGAUAUUGUUAUUGGGAAUCAAGUUGUUAAACACUUCCAUGUUAUAUGAUUGAUGAAGUAGCUGCCUGUAGAACGGGCUCUGGAUUGGCAACUGGAGGUGCAUCAACUCUAUGUGAUUCUUUGGAAACCUUCAGUUUAUAAUAUGACAAUGUUUGCUGUGAUAAAUCAGAAGGCAAACUAAAUUAUGCAUUUGUAAGAUAUACCAAAACCUCAGAUGGCUAUUAUGAUAAGGCCAGUGAUGGAACAACUACCUUGACAUCUCUAACCACCUAAAAUUCGGCAACUAUAUUUCAAUUGUACACUGUAAAUCCUUGGUUGAUCAUGCCCUCAUUGACAAGUUUGCCCACUGCUGCCAAUUUCGAAUCCCAAUUAGGAGCCAUCUUAACCUAGUAUAAAACUCUGGCAACUGCAUUACAAACUAUGCCAGAUUCACACCCUUUCUAUUUAGAAAGAACUGUAUACUAAUCAUUAUAAAUGCUGAGAGAUUUCGUUGUUUUACAAACCACUUCAUAAAACACUAUGAGAGAUAACUUAGUCUAAAAGAUAUGGUCGGUUGCCCUCAUUGCUUUAUUUAGAAUGGUCAACUUUCAACCUAAUUAUUAUUAAACAAAUUACUAUUUCAUCAACUUUGCCAUCAUUCCUUAUUCAAGAAACUCAAUAACAAUCAAUGGACAAUAACACACCACCAAAAUUGACUGGUCAGGGUAUCUUUAUACUUCAAAUGGAUAUUUGAUGGUGUAUUCAUUUCCACCUGAAAUUUUCGGAAUUAGAAAUGCCUACUCAGAUGUCGUCUGUUUAAGACCAAUGAUUGGAAAUCCCCCAGUUUAUGCUGCAGCCUAAAACACUUUUGAUACUGGAUUCAAACCAUUAACAAUAACAUGGUCUUGGACUGACACAUCAAUGAGUGUGGUUGCUGCCAAUUUGAAAUUAUAUAAAUUUCCAGUUAAUACUGCCUUGGAAACUGAUAUUUUGUAAGAAGCUGGAGUCACCUUCACUUGUAAUUUAGGUGCCAAAUAUUGUGUCUCAUCUUCUAUUACAUCUACCCCGGCCAAUACAGGAGUCAAUUAUUUUGUAUCACCAGGAUUAGGAGUUGUUGGAGAUAAAAAUAAGGUUUAAUGUAGAUUGUAAGGGAAAACAUGGUCAGGUACUUGUGCUUGA